AUGGAAAACGAUAAAGGUCAAUUAGUUGAAUUAUACGUCCCAAGAAAAUGUUCUGCCACCAACAGAAUCAUCAAAGCUAAAGAUCACGCUUCAGUACAAAUCUCAAUUGCUAAAGUUGAUGAAGAAGGUAGAGCUAUUCCAGGUGAAAACAUUAGUUAUUGUUUAAGUGGUUACGUUAGAGGUAGAGGUGAAGCUGAUGAUUCAUUAAACAGAUUAGCUCAACAAGAUGGAUUAUUAAAAAAUGUUUGGUCUUAUUCAAGAUAG